GAUGGGUAAAAGAGUAAAAUGAAGUUGGACCAAUUGUUGUCGAUCAUUGAUCAAAACACCGUACUCGUCGUCGUCGUCGUCGUUCUCCUCCUCCUCCUCCACCUUCGUUUCGCUUCGUACGAAUUUGCAGCUCCGAUUCACCGUCACGCAACUCAAACAACCUCCUUCAAAAAAUUCAAACCACCCUCUGAUUCUUCCCAUUCCCAGUAACACUCUCUCUUCAUUGCAAGAUUCAAGGGGCGUUGUUUUUGUAAUUUAGAUUUGCCCUCUAUGUGCUAUAGUUCCACAUCUUUGUCAUGCGCCACCCUCUGUUCUGUAUUUUCGACUCAAAGGAUGUUUGGGAACUAGUCAAAUGGCAACAUCUAGCAAGUUUGAUCCAUCUUCCAGUAGCCCAGAUAGACUAUUGUACACUGGGCAGCGUGGAUCCCACAUAGCUUCUUCAUUAGAUAGAUCAGGUAGCUUUCGUGAAAGUAUGGAAAAUCCAAUUCUGUCUUCUCUUCCCAAUAUGUUAAGAAACAGUUCUUCAGGAACACAUGAAGAUGUUGAGAACUUCUUCAAUUAUGUCCAUUUUGAUCCAAAGUUGUUAGUGCUGGACCAUAAGUCUAAUCGUCAAAUGGAUUAUAAGCGACUUGUUUACUCCGCUAUUGGAAUUUCACCUGAUGAAUCUUUAUCUAGUUCUGCAAAAGCCAAGCUAGUGCCAUCCCUGGUACCAGAAGACAUCAAGCGACUCAAGGAGAGUUUGUAUGCAAGCAAUGUGAAGGCGAGGGAACGUGUUAAAAUGUUCAGUGAGGCCUUAUCUGUAUUCCACCAAGUUUUCCCAACUACAACUUCAAAGAAGAGAUCUCGAGCUGAAGGCUUUUCUAAUGAUCGUUCUAGUAUCAUGUCUGGGGAUCGAUCAGUCUUGGGGCCAAGCAUGGGUAAGGUUGGAGUUCAAGGUCAUCCUGUCACAGGUGGUUUUGAACAUGAGCCGCAGAAGUCGGAAGAACGGACCAAAAAUCUUGUUACAAAUAAACGCACUCGAACUUCUAUGGUGGAUGUAAGGAUGGAUGUGCGGACUAAUUCACUUGUCAGGCCAUCGGGGACUAUUGAUAGAGAUAAGGAAAAGCCACGGGUUCCCAAUAGUGGUAUCCUUCAGAGUGAAGAACGGACCUUACCUAUUGGCGGUGAUGGUUGGGAAAAGUCAAAAAUGAAAAAGAAGCGCUCUUGCAUCAAACUAGAUGGUUCUCCAAGUACAACAUUGACUAAACCUGUUAAUGGUUUACAGGAAGCUAAACAGGGAAUGCAACAAAGAAUUGCCACUGAUUCUCGGUCCAAAUUGAGUAAUGAUUCUCAUUCCUUUAGGCCAGGAGUUUCUAAUGGAACUACUGGAGCUGGUAAAUCAGAUGGUAUCUCUCAACCGACAGGAUUGGGUAUACGUGUCUCUACCCCUAGGAACGACCAAGAUAAUAAUUCCCUUGUCAAUGAUAGGCGGGGCCGUCCUGCUAGUUCAGACAAGGAAAAGGUGAACUUCAGAGCUGUUAACAAGGCAACUGUUCGUGAUGAAUUUAAUUCAGCUAGCCCUACCUCAAAUACAAAGAUGAAUACCGCUAUUCGGGCUCCAAGAUCGGGCUCAGGAGUUGCCCCUAAGUUGUCACCAGUUGUCCAUAGAACAGCUGUUCCUAAUGAUUGGGAGCUGGCUCAUUGCGCCACAAAACCCCCUCCUAGUGUUGGUACUAACAAUCGCAAACGAGUUGCAUCAGCACCGUCAUCUUCCCCCCCGGUUGUCCCUUGGCAGAGGCCGCAAAAGAGCUCUCGUACUGCCAGAAGAACGAAUUUUGUGCCCAUUGUUUCAAACAAUGAUGAAGCUCCUGCUUUGGAUGCUGUCUCUGAUGUGGCUGGUAAUGAUCUUGGGUUAGGAUUUGCCAGACGCCUGACUGGUAGUUCUCCUCAGCGAAUUAAAGUAAAAGGUGAACCCUCACCUUCAGCUGCAUUAUCUGAAAGUGAAGAGUCAGGGCAGGCUGAGGUUAAACCAAAAGAAAAGGGCAGGAAAGUGGAAGAAACCGAUCAGAAAUCUGGAUUAAAUGUUCCAAAGGCCUCCAACUUAGCAUUGACAACAAGAAAUAAGCUUGCUUCGGGGGAAGAACAUGGAGAUGGUAUUCGGAGGCAAGGGAGGACAGGACGUGGUCUUACAAGGUCAUUGAUGCCAAUGUCAUCUGAGAAGCUUGGAAAUGUAGGAACUGCAAAACAACUUAGAAGUGCAAGACAAGGAUCUGAGAAGAAUGAAAGCAAGACUGGUCGUCCCCCAACCAGGAAACUUUCUGAUCGAAAGGCAUAUUCACGUCAAAAGCCUACUGCUAUUAAUGCGGCAGCAGACUAUUUUGUUGGAUCAGAAGAUGGACACGAAGAGCUAUUGGCUGCUGUUAAGGGUGUUAUCAACUCUAAUCAUACAUUCCCCACCCCAUUUUGGAAGCGGAUGGAGCCUUUCUUCAGUUUGAUAUCUGAGGAGGACAUCAUUUACUGGAAGCAAAAGGUAAAUCUUGAAUCAAGCUCACUGGCACCAACUCCAGUUCCUUCAAAUAUGGAUAUGGGUUGUGAAACCAUUGUUAAUGGAUAUGGGUUGUUUGGCUGCAAAAGAGAUGCUUGGCCUGAAGCUCCAUGGAGUGCUACAUUGACUACAGAACAGUUACAACUUUCCAAGAGAGAUCAUAAUGUGAUUCCACUCUGUCAAAGGGUUUUAGCUGCUUUAAUCUCAGAGGAGGAUUGUAGUGGUGGAAAUGAAGAUUUCCUGUCUGAUGCUUAUGAUACUGAAUUUGAGCCUGAUGGGGAAUUGGAAAUGUGUGGUUUGGAUCAUCGCUCACGAACUAAUUUUGAGUUUGCUAGUCAUUCUGCUGAUAAUGGUUAUAGGAUUAUUAGGAAGCCAGAACAUGAUGAAACUGAAAAUAAUAUAAUUGAUAUCCGUCCUACUGGGUUGAAUUCCAGCUUUGGCAACUCAAUCAAUGGUUUUCUUCAUGAUAAAGCACUAAUGUCUGGCUUGGCCCGUUCAGAGUUGCAAUAUGAUAGCUUGGAUAUAAAUGAUAAGCUUCUCUUGGAGCUUCAAAGUAUUGGACUUGCCCCAGAACCAGUGCCUGAAAUGUUGCAAGCAGACGAUGAAGGAAUAUUGGAGGAUAUUACUAGGUUAGAGGAACUUUUCCAAGGACAGGUUUCCAAGAAGAAAGGCAUGCUGGAUGGAUUAUUGAAAUCUGCCUCAAUGGAAAAAGAACUUCAAGAAAAGGAAUUUGAUCAACGUGCUCUAGAAAAACUCGUUUUAAUGGCUUAUGAGAAAUACAUGGCUUGUUGGGGUCCUAGUCCCUCGGGUGGGAAAAAUUCAAGCAGCAGAAUGGCCAAGCAAGCUGCUUUGGGAUUUGUUAAACGUACAUUGGACCGGUGCCAUCAAUUUGAAGAUACAGGCAAGAGCUGCUUUAGUGAGCCGUUAUUCAAGGAUAUGUUCCUGACUGCUUCCUCCCAGCUUAGUAACGUUCGGCUAUCAGAUGGAAUGGAGACUGAAUCCUCAAAACCAUAUGCUUCUCCACUUCCUCUGGAAGCAAGAACAGUUUCAAUGGGUUCACAGCAGAGCCCAUCACAAUUUAUUCAGAAUAUGGAUAAUCAUGAUUUCAAUGCAUCAGACAUGCUUCCUGCUUUGAAUCAUUCCUCUGAACAAACUAUUGGAAAGGAAGAUAUUUGGUCUAGCAGGGUGAAAAAGAGGGAAUUGUUCCUUGAUGAUGUUGGUGGUACUCAUGGUACUUCAAGUGCUGCAGGUGUUGGAAGUUCUCUAACAAGCAGUGCAAAGGGGAAGAGGAGUGAUAGAGAUGGAAAGGGGCACAGCAGAGAGGUACUAUCCAGAAAUGGAACUACCAAAGUUGGUAGGCCAGCAUCAUCCAGUGCAAAGGGAGAAAGAAAAUCCAAGGCAAAGCCUAAGCAGAAAGCAACUCAGCAUUCUGUUUCUGUAAAUGGCCUCCUUGGCAAGCUACCAGAACAACCAAAACCAGAACGCCCUUCUGUUUCCAAGUCUAAUGAACUGUGUACUAACAGCACUGCCAAAGAAAAAGAUGAGUGUGGCAUGGGUGGGUUGGAUGAGCACGAGCCUAUUGAUUUGUCCAACCUGGCACUACCCGGAAUGGAUGACCUUACUGACCAAGGUCAGGAUCUUGGUUCAUGGUUGAAUAUUGAUGACGAUGCGUUACAAGAUCAUGACUUUAUGGGCCUUGAGAUUCCCAUGGAUGACCUUUCAGACUUGAAUAUGAUGGUUUGAAGCUACUGUCUUUGUAUAGUCCUGUUCAUUACACCAAUAACAAAGGAAACAGAGUACUUUUAAGAAAUGACUAGUUACAUAGGAUGCUGUUAUAGCUAAUCCUGUCCACAAUUAGGUUAUAUAGAUUCUUUGGUAGACUUUUCCCUCCAAGUUUUGAGUGACCUUUCCAGCUGUUUCGAGUUUUGCUCAUCUUGAAGUUCUUGACUUCCACUGUAAAGAUCUUUUUGUUCAAGGUACAAGUUAGUAUUCUUCCUAGUGAUUAUAUAUUAGCAAACACUAUGCUGGUUGUAGCUCUUACAAACCAGAGAACAAGGCCUCUUGUACAUACAUUUAAUAUUUCUAAUAAAAACAGCUUUUCAUUUGCUGAAA